UGUCACCUUGGGCGCAAGCGGGGCCGCGCGCGCUCGGGACCGGGAGCCGAGGGGCCAUUGAGUGGCGAUGGCGGCGGCGGCGAGUCCCGCGGCUGGCGGGGUAGACGGGAAGCCCCGUACCUCCCCUAAGUCUGUCAAGUUCCUGUUUGGGGGCCUGGCCGGGAUGGGAGCUACAGUUUUUGUACAGCCCCUGGACCUGGUGAAGAACCGCAUGCAGCUGAGCGGGGAAGGGGCCAAGACGAGGGAGUACAAAACCAGCUUCCAUGCUCUCACCAGCAUCCUGAAGACAGAAGGACUGGGUGGCAUUUACACUGGGCUGUCAGCUGGCCUGCUGCGCCAAGCCACCUACACCACCACUCGCCUUGGCAUCUACACCGUGCUUUUCGAGCGCCUGACCGGGGCAGAUGGUACACCGCCUGGGUUUCUGCUGAAAGCCCUGAUUGGCAUGACGGCAGGUGCUACUGGUGCCUUUGUGGGCACACCAGCCGAAGUGGCUCUCAUCCGCAUGACCGCUGACGGCCGGCUUCCACCUGACCAGCGUCGCGGCUACAAAAACGUGUUCAAUGCCCUGAUUCGCAUUGCCCAGGAGGAGGGAGUCCCCACACUGUGGCGGGGUUGCAUCCCUACCAUGGCCCGGGCUGUCGUCGUCAAUGCUGCCCAGCUCGCCUCCUACUCGCAAUCCAAGCAGUUCCUGCUGGACUCAGGGUACUUCUCUGACAACAUCCUGUGCCACUUCUGUGCCAGCAUGAUCAGCGGCCUUGUCACCACCGCCGCCUCCAUGCCUGUGGACAUUGUCAAGACUCGGAUCCAGAACAUGCGAAUGAUUGACGGGAAACCAGAGUACAAGAACGGGCUGGAUGUGCUGAUGAAGGUUAUCCGCUACGAGGGUUUCUUCAGCCUGUGGAAGGGCUUCACACCGUACUAUGCCCGCCUGGGCCCCCAUACCGUGCUCACCUUCAUCUUCUUGGAGCAGAUGAACAAGGCCUACAAGCGGCUCUUCCUCAGUGGCUGAGGCAGAUUUGGGGGGGCGGGGGGCAGCGCUUCCCUAGUCAGUGUGCCCCAGUGGGGACUGGACUCUGCUGCCCUGGGCCCCUCUAUUUAUUUCCCCUCCAGAGUGUGUGGUCUCCUCCGUUGCCCUAAAGGACUUCGGUCUCUUCUUCCCCUGCUGCACUUUGCCCUUCUUGUCCUGACCCUCAUGGCCUCCCCGGGUGGCUAACCUCUUGGGUGGUAGUUUCAGGACAGCAGCAGGCCCCCUUCCCAGAGGGGACGCUCAGCACUCAGGCGGAGCCGAGGGGACAGGAGAGCAGAAGCUACUCCGCGUGCUCAGAGUGGCUUCAUUGGGAGGACACAGCCCUUCCUCGUUCCAGCUCAUCCAGGGCUCAAUCAAUAAAUGGAAUUGGUGACACCACC